AUGUCGUCGACGCUGCAUGACCCCAGAAUUCUCUACAGCGUCAACAACAUCCGUGCCUUUCAUCUGCAGAAUGGCGAGGAAACCGAGCUUACCCCGUCUGGUCCACAGACCCUUUCCCUCUUGAUGGUACCGACGACGUCUCCAUACCAAGACUCGUCGCAAGCCGGGACUGGCGCGCAAGAGGAGGACUUUUACCUCCAUCUGCAUCUGCCUCCAGAAUUGGAUAUGCCUCUGCCGGCAACCACCCAGAUCUACCAUCAACCCCCAGACAGCUACCUCAUUCCACGUUGGGACCUUGGCCCGGAUGCCGGAGCAUUCAUCAGACUAAAAUUUCCUGGAAUUGGCUCUGGGCCAGACAAGGUGACUCAGGAGGAUGUCGACACAUUUGAGACAAUUCUCGCACAAUGCACGGCCUUCCUCGAGCGCGCUGCUCCCCCAAAAAAUCAUGCGCCGUACAACCCAGCAGACUACGCGCCUGGCGAGGGUUACAUUUCAUCUACAGAUGACAAAUCCACAAAACGUCAGGGUCAGAUAGUACUUGUAGAUGAGGAGGAUGGGAGCGUGAUCGGAGAACUAUCGGAGGGUUACCAAGUGGUGGAGAAACCUGGAGUAAAGCCAGGGUCCAAAAACCCAGUCGAGAUUCAGCUUCCCACUGAGGGCGAAGGAAAUCGGAUCAGCGUCAGCAAUGUGUCUGAGGAGUAUCUGCGGAUGGCUCGACACCCUGCAUACAAGAACUCGACCCUUGUUCAGGCAUCUGCUAUGGCGUCGCGUCUAAUUGUGACGGGAUCAACGUACUUAGCUAAUGCUCUGACCAGCGGGGCGGAAAGUUUCACUCAAAAGACGAAACCUAACCCGAAGCCGAUGACGUUCACGCCCACGGCACAAGCGCGCAUUCGGAAGAUUAACAAGCUCUCCCAGACUGCGGCGGGGCUGUCUGCAAAGACAGCUGGCCAAGCAGGCCGAAUCGCAGAGAGCAUAGGUGCAUCUUUGGCGCGGCGCAAAGAAAACGGGCAACAAAGGGCAUAUAACAAAGACGGAAGUCCAGCUGAUUACAAGCCCGGAGUAUUGAAUAAGUCACUGAUCGCGUUUUCUACGCUGGUCGAUGGCAUCGAGCAGGGUGCGCGCACCGUUCUCAACUCUGGUGCCUCUGCUGCCAGCACGAUAAUCAGUCAUCGCUAUGGCGCGGAGGCUGGGGCUGUUGCCUCUGAUAUUGCCGGCGGGAUCAAGAAUGUCGGCCUGGUUUAUAUCGAUGCCUCGGGAGUCAGCCGGAAAGCGAUCCUCAAGUCUGUAGCCAAGGGGAUGGUGGUUGGACGCAUGCGCGAUGGCAAACAGGUGGUCGUUGGUGGCGGUGACGGCGGUCAGGUCACGCCUGCCACAGGCGCAGGAGAAAAGCAGCAGUAUUAUGGAUUCUACGGUGGUAAUAAUUCCGCGGGACCAUCUCGGGACCCGGGCCAGCGCCGACCUUCACCGAGCCCGACUCCUCCUCCGCCGUACGGAGCUUCUGGGACUUAUUCUUUGGGAGGGACGCCUGCAUCUGGGAAGCACUAG